UUCGCUUAUUAAUAAAAAGUUGGAAGUCUAAAACGACGUAGUAAAAAGUUGCAAUUUCUUCAGAAAGUCGAAAGAUGUUAUUCGGUUCGAAAAAUUCUCCGGAAAACAAAAAUGAAAGCAUACAAGCUUUCGGAAUCGUUUAUUUUACGUUGAAAUUGCAAGGAAUGGUUAUAAUGGAAGACUAUCGCCUUCGACACAAAAUACACGUUGUUACCAAUUAUGUCCUUACCAAUAUUUUCUACUACUCCUCGUUCAUCAUCCAAUUGCUCUACGUUGACAAUUUAAGGCAAUUACUGGAAAAUAUCCCUAUGAACAUGUGUCUGACCGCCUGUUCCAUCAAAUUCCUUGUAAUUCUGAGACUAAGACCCAGCCUCAUCGAAAUGAAUAAACAGCUGAAGCGUCUGGACAGUCGGCCAAUGACGGACAAGCAAAAAGAUAAAUUGGGAAAGGAAAUUAAAUUUUGCAGGGUAAUUUCAUCGGUGAUUUUUGUGCUUUACAUGGGGGUGAAUGUUUCCUAUUUCCUUGUUGCGGGACUUUCGCGUGGCACGAAACUUGGUUUUGAAACUUGGUUCCCUUAUGAUUGGCGUGAGAAUGCCUUUCGGUAUUGGCUUUCGUUCUUUAUACAGGUGAUAUUUCAGCAGCAACUGGCCGUGCAAGAUGUAGCAAAUGAUUCCAUUGGGGUUUUGUAUCUUUGUAUAUUGAGUGCUCAUCUGCAGAUAAUAAUGGAACGGUUUGCAGAUAUUCACCAUGAUCCUGAGAAAACCGAGGAGGAAAGUUUGCAGGACUUUAUACGGUGCCUAGAGGAUCACCGUGUUAUAAUGGAGUAA